GUGGAUUUUAUAAGAAAGUGAAUGGUCGUGUUGGUAAUAAAACAAAUCGUUAAUUAAACUGACAGAACUUUCAAAAUAAAACAGUAAUUUCUAGUUACGAUCGUUCGUGUGUUUAAACAUAAUAGUGUCUGAUUUUUUGUGUUUAGUAUAGAUAGUUUUGAUUAUGUCUUUUGGUAAACAAGGAGCUAGUUUAAGUGAUAACUGGAAAAUAAUGAAAUUUUAAGGUUGAUUUUGUUUUGGAAGUUAUUUAUUCAAACUGUCUAAGACGGCUGAAGAAAUGGUUAAAAGAUCGGAUGGCACCGAAUCUCCCAUUUUAGAGGAACAGGAGAGUGCCAAUUCAGAAAAACCAAAACAAGUUAAAUAUGGAGAACUAGUCAUUUUAGGAUAUAACGGAUUUUUACCUCAAGGUGACAGGGGGCGAAGGCGAAGUAAAUUCGUUUUCUGUAAAAGACAAGUUGCCAACGGCGUUAAACGGUUACGACACUACGUAGUUAGGACACCACAUUCAACACAAGCCAUUUUAGAUGCCACCCAACAUUCAAUUUCCUACACAUUAUCGAGAAAUCAUGCCGUUAUAGUAGAAUAUACCAAUGAUGAAGAUACCGAUAUGUUUCAGAUUGGUAGAUCAUCAGAAGCCCCCAUAGAUUUCGUCGUAAUGGAUACCAUAGCCGGCGAUAAGACCGGAGAUACGAGAGUUAACCAAAGUACGAUAUCGAGGUUUGCCUGUAGGAUAUUAUGUGAUAGAAAUAAUCCAAAAAUAGCUAGGAUAUACGCCGCCGGCUUCGAUACUUCUAGAAAUAUAUUUUUAGGGGAAAAAUCUUUAAAAUGGCAAGAAAACGGUAGAGAAAUAGAUGGAUGUACAACAAAUGGUGUUUUAAUAAUGCAUCCCGGAGGAAGUUUUUAUGGCGGAGAAGCAAAAUAUGGAUGUUGGUUAGAAACAUCUGUUGGGGGCGGUAUUUUUUCCUUGAGAGAAUCUAGGUCUGCACAGCAAAGAGGGCAAGUAGUGGAAGAAGUCACGAAUGUGCUACAAGAUGGAACUUUAAUAGAUUUAUGCGGUGCCACUUUAUUAUGGCGAUCAGCCGAAGGUUUAAGCAAAACGCCGAAUAAACGAGAUUUAGAACGAGAAGUAGACGAAAUUAAUGCAGGCCGACCGCAAUGUCCGGUUGGUCUCAAUACGUUGGUGAUUCCUAGAAGAGUAUCGCCUAAUGAAAAUCAACAACAGCCUUAUGUUUAUUUAAAUUGUGGACACGUCCAAGGCUUACACGAUUGGGGCCAAGAUAGAGAUACAGGAUCAAGAAAAUGUCCAAUUUGUUUAGAGGUGGGACCUGUUGUUAAAGUAUUCAUGGGAUUAGAACCAGCUUUUUACGUCGAUUCAGGACCGCCGUCAUUUGCUUUUAAUCCUUGUGGUCAUAUGGCAACGGAAAAAACUGUCAAAUAUUGGGCCAACGUCCCGAUUCCACAUGGUACUAAUGGUUUCCACGCAGUUUGUCCAUUUUGUGCUUCUCCUUUGUUAGGUUCACCGGGUUAUGUUAAAUUAAUAUUUCAAGAUAACGUUGACUAAAUAUGGUUUUAAUACAGGGGUAAUCUAUUUUAUCAAUAAUAAUCAAGCAAAAUUUGCAAAUCUGAUCAUGUUGAUACUUUUUAAUUUUUAUAAAAGAUAAAUCAAAUUUUUUAAAAGUUUUAUGUUAACCAAAUAGAAUCAUUAUCAAUUAUUUCAUGGAAUAAUUUAUUAGUAUCAUUCGAAUAUUCCCGAACAUAUGUAAAUGUACAAAAGUAUAACAUAGAUAAUUAUAUUUGUAAUAUUUGUGUUUACAACAAUAUAAAACAUCACAAUUUCACUUUUUGACAGGACAGAAAUGUUGUCAAUGAUGCUCAUUUUAUUUUGAAUCAAUAAAUUGAGUAAUAAACAUCGAAAAACUAUUAGAAAUGUUUCUACUAUAUCAUACUUCGCGUACUAGAGCUAUAGUCCCUUACAAGGAUUUAAAUUUUUUAUUUUGUAGAAAUUUUGAAUAGAUAAAUAAGUUUUAAUGACUUUUCAGGUUUUAAGGGAAUGUACUGAGAAUCAACGUUUCCCUAUGAAUGCAGGGAGUAUCUCAUUAAUGGUAACAAAUGAUGAAUGAUUAUAAACACCACACGCAUAUGAGCUAGUUUGUCAAUGUCUAAUCGCUCUACACGUAGUUCCUUUUCGCCAACCUUAAUACAACGAAGAAGAAAUCGGAACCUUUGUAGAGUCAUCUAUCUAUUUAAAAGGCUAGGACGACAACUCUCACUGUUUGUCUGGUACGAUAACUCCUAGCUCCUGCAAAACAGCAUCUUCGAUAUUAAUGAACGCCUAGCGAUAUACAAGAUAUCAUAGGGCACUAUGGAUAAAAAUAGAUUUACUGUAAAACAAAUUUUAAUUCAAUGACUUAAAGAAGAUCUCUUGCUGAGUACAAAGUAAACAACUGAUCGAUUCCUGACAUGCGAUAUAGCAAAUUGAAGAGGAGAAUAUAACGAAUAUAAUAAGGAAGAAAAAACAAACAAGGCGACUACCAAAAGGCACUACACAGCGUCUUUGUUAUUAAUGAACAUAUAUCGACAUGCGAUAUAUCACAUGGCCUGCGAUGGACUAAAUUACUAAGAUAAAAAAAUGGUCCAGCAUUUCGAUGCAUAAAUAAAACUGGAAAAACUGGACUUCUUACUAGUCUCAUUUUUGUGUUGAUAGUUAUUUCAUGACUUUUCCAAAUUUUUGUUAAUUUUGCAAAUCUUCCCGCCACCGUUCUAGUAGAUACUCAGUAACUUGCCGCAUUAUCCAUUCACAAGGUAUGUUUAAUAGAUUUCACAAUUCCGAAAGAACUAACAACGAUAUUUUUGUAUCCAAUUACUAUCAGUGUGUCAAUAAAAUCAUAUUUGUCAAUAUUACUUACAAGGUAAUCUCUUUAUGUAUCUAAGUUUUGGGUAUAUACGCAAACGACAAUUAUAGUGAGGUUGUAUAAU